CUCGCGUUGCUAUGCGUCGCUUCUGUUAUUCCUUCUCCUAUUUCUCGGGAUCGCCUGCACCCUCUUCAAAUGGAGGCGCGUUGCUGAGGCGACCACUGUUGCGGAACCGCAGCGCAGGGUCUCAGGCUCAACCGCGUCGCCCCUUGAGCGCUCACAAACUAAUAAAUUAAUAACGCCGUGUCUGCACGACACAUCGGCUGAAGAAGUGCCGCCGGCUGGAGGCGCAUGUCCAGACCAAGGCACAGACAUCAAAAACAGUUCAGGAAAAGAUGUACCAGCUGGCGAUUGUCCACCACGCGUGCGGGAUAUAGUGUCCAGGACUGAGAAAUUGAUACAAGCAUUAUCGACCCACGAACCCGGAUUGGAAUGUAGAAAUGUAAAGCAUGGCAACGUUUCAAAACCCUGAGGUUGUAUCCGAGCGGGUCAGGGCUGUGCGGCUGCAGCCAGCGAUGCGAUACGCACACGAUACGCAAUACCGCAGUGCGAAGAGGAAUGGACCUUUUUUGUGAUGACUGCCCGAUCGUCUCCGGAACUUGAUGAGUGGCCGCCCUCACUCUGCUAUGGGACGCGAAAGCGGCAGGCGGCAGUGUCUGGCGCGGUUUAAGGGUGCCCCCCGAGCCUGCCAGCUGAAUGAACCACCCCGCGUCCAGCAGAAGAAGGGCACCAAUCGCAAGCACUGGUUCGAGCUCGAGGUCUCCGCGUUCGACCCACAGCCGCUGCCUCUCUUCAGGCACCUCCACCUCCAGCAGCUGGGGCAGAUGUGGCAGGCCCUCGUUGAGAACCGCCACCUGUUCGACGACAUGCGCGGGCCCUUCGGAACACUGGCACUGGCACGCAACGCUGAGCAUCUGCUGGAGCCCGCGACCUCACCGCGAAUGUGUACUUGAAAUCGCACGGGAGGGCAAAAGGAAAGCUGCUCCCCACUUGAGCCAAA